GGUCCGAGGGAGCGCGCGCCGACUGCAGCUCUCGUGAGUUCCGGUGACAAUGAGAUGAGUUGAGGACUGGGCGCUGCGAGGCAGUGGACGGAGGGACGGACGGACGAAGGAAGGAGCGCUGCUCGUGUGGGAUCUCGGAACACUACGGCUGCGCGCUCCUUGUUGUUGUGGUUUUUUUUUUUUCUUGUAAAAAUAGCGGAUAUUUUUUCCUCCUCUUUUUCUUGGAUGUGGCGCUGUGACCAAAGUUUUCCUGCCGUGCUUCGUGUCUGCUGGUGGCCCCAGUUCGGGAGGAGCGGUUCCGCUGAAGCUCUCUCUCUCUCUCUCUCUCACUCUCUCACUCACUCACCUCCGUCGCUGGGCUCGCGCUCCGCACUCUUACGGCUCUCCGGGGAAACUUGGAUCUCGGCGCCGACAGCCGCUCCUUCCCUGCCUUCCUCCCGUCUUACUGCUGCUCUCGCUCGCUGCCACCGAACGAACGCUGCGCUCAUCACAUCACCGAAGAAAGUCGCACUUCUCCGCGCGCGCGGUCUCGCCACCAAAAGUUGAGCGCUCGCGCCCGCUCAUCAUCAUCAUCAUCAUCAUCAUCAUCAUCAUCGUCGUCCCUCGGCCAGCGAGCGCCGGACGGUGGACGAGCAGCGGGCGGGACAGAUCGCGGCGGUGCGGCCGGCCGGCCGGGGAACCAUGCUGGGUGUGCGAGCGCAGCGCGGCCCGGGGCCCGGCGCCCUUCUCCUCCUCCCGGUGCUGCUGCUGCUGCUGCUCCUUCUCUCUGGACCGUCGGGCUACGGAGCAGAUGCGAGCGAUUACAGCGAGGUGCUGCCCGACUCCUUCCCGUCGGCGGCCGCCGAGCCCCUCCCCGAGUUCCAGCUGGAGCCGGAAGAUGCCUUCAUCGUCAAGAACCGGCCUGUCCAGCUUCGCUGCCGAGCCUCUCCCGCCACCCAGAUCUACUUCAAGUGCAACGGGGAGUGGGUCAACCAGAAUGACCAUGUGACCAGGGAGAGUCUGGACCAGAUCACAGGCCUCGUUGUGCGGGAGGUGGACAUCUCCGUCUCCAGGACCCAGGUGGAGGAGCUUUUCGGGCUGGAGGAUUACUGGUGCCAGUGCGUGGCUUGGAGUUCGGCAGGGACCACCAAGAGCCGCCGCGCCUACGUCCGCAUUGCGUACCUGCGCAAGAACUUUGAGCAGGAGCCGCUGGGCCGGGAGGUUCGCUUGGAGCAAGAGGUGCUGCUGCAGUGUCGCCCCCCGGAGGGCAUCCCCCCCGCAGAGGUGGACUGGCUAAAGAACGAGGAGACGAUUGACCCGGCCCUGGACUCCAACUUCCUGGUCACCGUCGACCACGACUUGAUCAUCAAGCAGGCGCGCUUGUCCGACACGGCCAACUACACCUGCGUGGCACGGAACGUGGUGGCCAAGAGGAGGAGCAGCACCGCCACCCUCAUCGUCUACGUGAGCGGCGGGUGGUCCUCCUGGACCGAGUGGUCGGAGUGCAACGCAAAGUGUGGGCGGGGCUGGCAGAGAAGGACCCGCAGCUGCACCAAUCCAGCGCCGCUCAACGGAGGGGCUUUCUGCGAGGGUCCGCCCUUCCAGAGGAUCACCUGCACCACUCUGUGUCCGGUGGACGGCGGCUGGACGGAGUGGGCCAAGUGGUCAGCCUGCGGCACCGAGUGCACCCACUGGCGCAGCCGCGAGUGCCAAGCCCCGCCUCCCCGCAACGGCGGCCGCCACUGCGUCGGGAACAUGAUGGAGAGCAAGAACUGCACGGAAGGGCUGUGCUCGCGGAAUAAAAAGGUUUCUAUUGAACGUGAAAGUCAUCCGCUCGAACCGGGGGCGGGUCUGGCCGUGUACGCCGGACUGGUGGGGGCGCUGCUGCUCUGCGGGGUGCUCCUGCUGUGCGUGGGGGUGCUGGCGUACCGCCGGAGCUGUCGCCACCUCCGCAGCGACAUCACGGACUCCUCGUCCGCCCUCACGGCCGCAUUCCAUCCCAGCAACUACAAGCCCCCGAGACAGGACAAUCCGCACCUGCUGCACCCCUCCGCCCCCCCCGACCUGACCGCGACGGCCGGCUCCUUCCGAGGGCCCCUGUUCUCGCUGCAGCAGAGCGCCGUCGACGGCCACCACAAGAUCCCCAUGACGACGUCGCCCCUGCUGGACCCGCUGCCCAGCCUGAAGAUCAAGGUGUACAACUCGUCCACGCUGUCGUCCCUGGAGCUCCCUGGCGACGGGAGCUCGGCGGACGGAGAGAUCCUAAGCCUGAAGGCGGUGGGCGCGGGCCCUCGGCCGGACCCCCGGGACACGCACGGCUACACGCUGCCCCGUGACCCCGGGAACAGCGCGAGCGCCACCCUGGGCUGUCUGGGAGGCCGGCUCAGCGUCCCCAGCACCGGCGUGAGUCUGCUGGUCCCCCCAGGAGCCAUCCCCCAAGGGAAGUUCUACGAGAUGUACCUCAUCAUCAACAAGUGGGAGAAAACCACGUCGCCAUCCGAGGGCAGCCAGACGGCGCUGGGUCCCGUGGUGAGCUGCGGACCCUCGGGCAUGCUGCUGAGUCGUCCUGUGGUGCUCACCCUCCCCCACUGUGCCCAGCUGGACUCCCCUGACUGGACUCUCACCCUCAAGACGCAGAAUCACCAGGGGGACUGGGAGGAGGUGCUGACAGCCGGCGAGGAGAGCUUCUCGUCACCCUGCUACCUGCAGAUAGAGGAGCAGAGCUGCCACGUCCUGAUGGAGCAGCUGGGAACGUACGGGCUGGCGGGGCGGUCCGCUCCUCCCCGGGCGGCCUGCAAGCGCCUGCAGCUGGCUCUCUUCGCCCCGAGAGCGCCCUGCCUCUCGCUGGACUACAGCCUGCGCAUCUACUGCACCCAGGACACGCCUCACGCCCUCAAGGAGGUCCUGGAGCUGGAACGCAGCCUGGGCGGAGUGCUGCUGGAGGAUCCCAAACCGCUUCUCUUCAAGGACAGCUACCACAACCUGCGGCUCUCCAUCCACGACAUCCCGCACUCCCACUGGAGGAGCAAGCUUCUCGCCAAGUACCAGGAGAUCCCGUUCUACCACAUCUGGAGCGGCAGCCAACGGCCGCUGCACUGCGCCUUCAGCUUGGAGCGGGGAAGCCUGGCCGUGUCGCAGCUCACCUGCAAGAUCUGCGUCCGUCAGGUGGAGGGAGAGGGGCAGAUAUUCCAGCUGCGCACCGACAUCCAGGAGACUCUACCGCCGCACUCGCCCCUCCCGUCCGGGGAUACCUGUGUGCCGUCCUCCCAGGUGGGGCCCUAUGCCUUCCGGCUGCCUGCAUCCAUCCGCCACAAGAUCUGUGCCAGUCUGGACGCCCCGAGCGCCCGUGGCUGUGAUUGGAGGCUGCUUGCCCACAGCCUGGGCUUUGACAGGUACCUGAACUAUUUUGCAACAAAACCCAGCCCCACAGGUGUGCUACUUGACCUAUGGGAAGCCUGUCACCAAGGUGACGCAGACCUGGUCUCCCUGGCGACUGCGCUCGAAGAGAUGGGCAAGAGCGAGGUGCUGGUCGUCAUGACGACGGAAGGGGACUGCUGAUUGGCCCUCGGACACGCGGCCAAAAGAGAAAAAAAAAAACCCACCAGUACCCAUGCGAGGACGCGUGCGCGAGCGCUGCCGGCGCGUCGCUUGCCACGUGAACCCCGGUUGCGUCCCAGUCCUCACCUGUGUUUCCUGCUAUGAAGGACGCCGUUUGUCGUCAGCGAGGGGGUGGGGGGGGGAUAGGGCACCUAAACUCGCGCUUCCCCGCGCGUCUCCUCCGUCGGGGCUCGGCACCUCUACGCACGCUCCCCGUGACCAGCCGUGACCGUUGCGGGCGAGCGUCGGCUUCCCGCAAGGGAAAACGAAGGUGCGCAACCCUGCGGUGCAAUAUCGGUUUUGGGAUCUCGGCGAAAUACUUGCCCAUGUAUUUAUUUAUUUUUUUUUUUUACUCUCUUCAGGGAAAAAGUAAGGAUUUUUGGCCUGCAAUUAGUAGAGUGAAGUACCAAAAACGUAUUGGGAUUAGAUGUAAAGUAGGAAGCGUUACGUAUGGAACGGCACACGUGUGGUGACACGCGGUCACGCGGGCGCUCGGUACGAAACGCUUUUCGGUCGGUAGGCGCCGUCGUCGUGCUCGGAAGGCCUUUGUCUCCUAGCGACACGCGCUUCGAAGAGAGGUAACUCGUGCUCGGAGCGCGGUUUCGGAGCAGCGGCCGGUUAACGAUGAGGAUCCUUCACGCCCUCGGGUUCCGGACGUGCUGACGCGGACGAGCGGACGGGAGACGAACGGUGCGCGGAUGAAGCUCCUCAUACCGAGCUGUCCAGCCCUGUUUCUGUCAGCGCCAACUGGCACAUGACAGGUCAAAUCAGAAUCCUGCUGGUCUCUCUCUCUCUCUCUCUCUCUCUCUCUCUCUCUCUCUCUCUCUCUCUCUCUCAAUUUUGGUGACGAUGGCAGUAUGUGCUGACGACGAGCAGGUGGCACGAGGCCACGUGUGUCCGUUAGACCGGCGGAAUCGGGAUGCAGUGACUGCGGCCGCAAUCCACCAAAAGCCUCCGUUUUUUCCCCAUGAAACACUAUUUGCUCCAAAGUUUUGCCCGUCUUUGCUCUGCCCCAUCUGCUCUUUUUUCCCCCCACAGUUUCUUUUUUGCAAAAAGUCAGAAGGGCGCCUUUGGUAAACUCUUACAAGUUUCCUAUAGGGAACGCAAUUUUUACGUUUUCGUCCAUAUUUUUGGAUUUUUUUUUCCUCACUCCUUUUUACCUUUAUGCCAGGUUUUUUUUUUUUUUUUUAUCUCAAUCGCAACUAAAUAGGACCAUUUGCGUUGCUGUAGGGCCCUCGUUCAGUCGAUUACCCGCUCCCUCGAUGAGUUUUCUUGCUGAUUCAAGCUGGAGGCAGAUGGAGGUUUUGGGGGGUGGCACAGAAUCGCACGAGUGGGAGGGGGCAGCGGGGGGCAAGGACGGGUGGGCGCGUGGGCGACGCUGGCAGAGGGUGCUGGGAGAAAUUCAGGAACGCAGCGAGACAGACUCUCGUGGAGACCGCGCUGACUCGAAGACCACGUUGCAGCUGCAGACAGAUUAUGGCAGGAAACGAACCGCAAAUCCGUGUAAUUAUCGCAGCCUUGAAAUCGGAGACCAAGCGCGUGAGGGCGAAUUUUGAAAUGCUUAAUUCCGCAAAAUUCUUAAUUGUUAAAUUGGAUGUGACCCGCCGCAUGAAUCCGACUCGCUUCCGGACGAGGCUGCGAUUUUAAUUGGCUGCUGGGGGUCAGCAUGGUAACCGGCGUCCGAUUCUUGAAUGAUUGCCGAGGCUCCUGGGAAAUUCUGGCUUUGAUUUUAAUUGGUUUCGCAACCGUGAAAGUCUAGUUGUUCUGAUCUGCUAAAGUUUAGGGUGUGAUCUGUAGGUGUCAGUUUUCCAAAAAAAAAAAAAAAAUAAAAAUUCUUUGUUUGACCGUCGCUCUCUCAACUGUCCUUUGUGCUUAAUGAGCUGCUGUAGUCAGGGGUCGUUCAUAUUAUAUGGGAUCAUUUCCGUUCUCGUCUCUUAUCAUUACAGUUAUUGUCGCUAUCGCGAUUAUCGUUGUCUGCAGCAGCAUUAUUAGUGCUCUAAUUACUAUUGUUACUGUUUUUUAUUAUUUUUACAAUUACACGGUUAUUACUGUUACAAGCUAAAGUGUUUGACUGUCAGGAAGAGAGGAAAAGGAAGAGACCAUCAGUAUCGUUUCGUCCCUCGGAAACCGUAAACGCGUGACCUGUUUUUUGGGACCGACUCCCUGAGCGAACGUCUUGUGGUCUGCGAGAGUGUGCUUCGUUUUCUUGAGUCGUUUCUCCGAAUAAGUACUAUGCAAGUACAAAACAGCCGCAUCUGAAGAAUUUGCCUUUUUUUUUUUUUUUUUUUUUGCCCCUGUACAGUGUGCAAAAAGUGUAUACUUCUACAGGAGACGGGCGGAGGUAGACAGGGCCGUAUUGUCAUUCCGCAGAAGGGGAGGUGUUCCGCCGGCUCUCGGAAACGCCUUUGCCCCCUUCGGCCGCAACGGAACGGCGGUUCCGACGAGCGAAAACCGACGACGUUGAGCCGGGGGAGCGACGUUCCGCCUUCGGCGGUUUGGAGAAACCGGACGUUGUUGCGAAGGGUUUCCAAGCAUCGGUGCUGAGCCAAGAGCAAGCGGUGGCCUCAACUCUUCUUGUUCUGUUCGAUACAGAUACGGAUCAAUGACAUGCAACAAAAAAAAAAAAAAAAAA